AUGUAUUUCUCUAAAGCCCUCAUCGUCUUCGCCUCUCAUCUGGCGCUCUCUUCCGCAACAGGAUGCGGAACCGCCGAUGCCUGUGUUGGCACAGAUAUCUGUACUACAGUGACCUUCACGAGUCCUAGUACCACAACAAUUACAACCUGUGUGCCGACCCCCACCUGCCUAGGUGUUUACGCCAACUGCUACCUACCGGACAACACAGUCGGUAAUUGUUGCUCGGGCUAUUGUGCUGCGAGUAAAUGUAGGUCGACGGAUGAGAAGUGGCCGAGUUGUCAAGAAGACAAUGGGCCUUGUCUUGCGGAUGAGAAUUGUUGUUACUCAUAUCGGAAUAAGUGUGUGAAUGGGAUUUGUACGAAGCCGGAAGUGUGCAGUAAGUCAUGA